AAAAAUGACAGAAUGUCUUCAUUAUAUAAGGAGAUGUCUUAUAAUUACUCCAUGCUGUCAAAAAGCUUAUAACUGCAGACAAUGUCAUGAUAUGGUUGAAGAUCAUGAGCUUAAUCGUGAUAUUGUGGAUCAUGUUCAGUGUAAACAAUGCUCUACAGUACAAAAUCUAGCAACUCAUUGCAUUGAAUGUGGAAUACGUUUUGGUAUGUAUUCAUGUCUAGUUUGUAGGUUGUUUGAUGAUACUGACAAGCAACAGUUUCACUGUGAUAAAUGUAAAACUUGCAGAGUAGGUGGUCAAAAUAAUUUUUUUCAUUGUGAUAAAUGUGAUAUUUGUCUUCGUAAAACAUUGUUCAAUUCUCAUCAGUGUAGAACAGAUAGUGGUAAAGACAAUUGCCCUGUUUGCUUUGAAAAUGUACAUACUGCAACCGAACCAGCUUUUGUUCCAAAGUGUACUCAUCUAAUUCAUGUCCAUUGCUACAAAAGAAUUGAAACUUUUGGGUUUAGAAGAUGUCCAUUGUGUCAUGCAAGCUAUUCUGAAUUUGUCAAUCCCAGAGGUUUAAUGGAAUUAGUAGUUAAUACUAUUAGCAACAACAAUCCUCAAAAUAUUACAAACACUGCUAAUCUAGGUGUUGCUUCAAACUCAAUAAAUGAUAUUAAUAAUAAUGUUUCAAUGAAUCUUAAUCAAGAAACAAUAAAUCAGCAAGUUGCAGAAGUACUUCAAACUCUUAGUAUAGAAGAUAUUUCGUUUUUAUUGAAUGAUGGCGAUAACAUGUCAUAAAAUGUUAAAUGGAUUUUACACGUAGUUAUUGCAGCCGUUAUAAAUAUUAUUCCACUAGCUGAAGUGACAAUUAUCUUAUUUUAGUUUGAAAUGACAAUAACAUUUAUUUAGAUAAACUUUAUUUAUUUAGAUAAACUUA